UCCCCACCCCCCAGCGGAACGGACCUGUCCCGGAACUAACGUGCCCGGGCCGCGUUUCUCCCUCCCGUGGGGAACCCUUUGGCCGUGGACGGGGGGGGACCCGGAAUUUCCGGCCUGGCCUGGCGCGGCGCUCGCGGGAUGGAGGCGGAAGCGGAGAUCCGCGCGCGGCCGCCGCCGCCGGCAGGUAGCGCUGGUGCCUGGAAGAGCGGGGAGCAGCAGGAGCUGGAGGCUGCACCUUCUCCGUCAUUGGCAGAGAGCCUAGCCCCAGGGGACAGUCCCCCCAAUACCAGCGGGGUCACCGAACCGCCUCAGUGCACAUCGCGCUGCAGGGAAGGGAUGCUGGAAAGGCCAAUCCUGGGGAACUGUCCCCCCAAUACCAGCGGGGUCACCAAACCGCCUCAGUGCACGUCACGCUGGGGGGAAGGGAUGCUGGAAAGACCAGCCCUGGGGGACCGUCCCCCCAAUACCAACGGGGUCACUGAACCCCCUCGGCAGACAUGGCACUGGGGGGAGGAGAUGCUGGAAAGACCAGCCCUGGGGGACCGUCCCCCCAAGAGCAACAGGAUCACUGAAUCCCCUCGGCAGACGUGGCACUGGGGGGAGGAGAUGCUGGAGAGCCCAGCCCCACAGGACCAACCCCCAAAGAACACUGGGGUCACCACCCCGCCCCGGCACCCAUCGCAUUGGGGGGAAGCGAUGCUGGCAACGUCAGCCCUAGGUGACCAUUCACCUGACAGCAGUAGGCUCUGUGAACAGCUGCAGCGCCCGUCCCAGUGGAGGGGAGGGAUGCCGGAGCCCACCCCUGCUGUGGGCUUGGCUCACAAGGAGCCCGGGGCCCAGGAGCUGGCAGGCCCCCCCGAGGCUGGCGAGCGGGCCCUGCUGGCCAUGCUGACGGCCGUCGCCAGCAGCCCGCUGCCGGUGCGCAGCCAGCAGAAGGACGAGCCGGACCUGACGGCGGAGGAGAAGCUGGCCAUCCUGCGGGCGCUGUACCGGGACAAGCCCGUGGUCUUCCUGGAGCGCUUCCGGCGGGCCCUGCGCGUCGAGCACCUGGGCUGCUUCGCCCACCUGGCCGCCCGCUACGAAGUGCGCUUCUACUGCGACGAGGUGCGCCGGGCCGCGCGCGGCAAGGCUGGCCACACCCGAGUGCGCAACAAGAGGUACGCCGCUCUGCAGCAGCUCAUCAAAGGGGGGGAGUAUUUCAGUGACGAGCAGAUGCGGGCGCGGGAGCCCCUGCUCUACGAGCAGUACAUCGGGCAGUACCUGAGCGACGAGGAGCUGCUGGCUCUGGGCAGCCAGGCGCUAGCCGGCCCCUGCUCCCUCUCCGGAGUCCUGCUCGAUUCCUACCAGGAGCAGGUGCUCCAACUGCGGCUGCAUAUCCAGCAGGAGCAGGAGGACGCCUGCAUGGAGGAGGAGGAGGAGGAUGACGAAGGCGAGGAGUCCAGCUCGGCCUCGGAUGCCUGGGUCCCUGACACGGAGGAGAAGGCCUUCCUGCGUGAGGAGUUCACCAGCCGCAUGCACCAGCGCUUCCUGGAUGGCAAAGAUGGUGACUUCGAUUACAGUGAGGUGGACGAGAACCCGGAGUUUGACAACCUGGACAUUGUGUCGCGGGACGAGGAGGAACGUUACUUCGACGGCGAGGAGUCUGAGGAGAUGGAGGCAGAGUAGGGGGCCCCCUGUGCCCCCACCAAGCCCUAGCACCCUGAUGGGGUGGGGGGGAACCAGGACCCAACUUGUGUACUGUAACCCGGACUCCUAGUCUGUGACCUGGAAUCCUUCCCCCUGCCAGCUGGGGGCAUGUCCCUGCAAGGUGCUGCCCCCGGACACUCUCCCCUGGUCGCUCCCGGCCUCUGAUCUAGUCCAGACAGGUACCUUUGUGUAAUGGGAUCCCUGCCCCCCUUCUCUCCAAGGCUGGGGCACCCCCCCCCAUGGCUUCGUUAGCCCCACAUUCCUGGCUCUCAUGGGCAGGCCAGAGCCAGGAGAGGCACCGGGGAACAGCUGGACUGGGGGAGGGGCUGCCCAGACUCAGCCCCGCCCCGUCUUGCGGGCAGAGGAACCGCUGGAUCUCUGGCCUCGGCUCUGGGCCCCCGAGGGUGGGAAGCACCCCAGUGGCAUGGCAAGGCCCAGGGCUGGGAGCCGCUGGCCUCUCAACACUGCACCGGGAAGCAGCCGCUCAGGGGAAUGGCCCCCCCCAUGCUGGAGCUGGCCAGGUGCGUGGGGCGGGGGGACGCUGUCACAAUUAAAGCUCUUCAGUAAUGGA